CGCAAGUCUUUUUCAGGGGGUAGAAACGCUAGUCAUAGGUGACUCUGUUACACGUAAAGUUAGGCUACACUCGCCAGCGACAGUUAUUUGCCUACCCGGGGCCAGGGCUCCCGACAUUGAAGCUAAACUUAGGGUGCUAACAUGCGGUGAGACCUCAUACGGAGUUAGAUUAGAUGCACCAAACACCGACAUUAGCUUCGACAACAUUGUAGUUCAUGUCGGCACCAACGAUGCUAGGACAAGACAAACUGAGGUCACAAAAAGCAACAUAGCUAGGCUUUGUGACUUCGCCAGAAAGAUGUGUCGGCAUCGAUUAAUUCUCUCUGGCCCUCUACCCGAUAAGGGUAAUGAUGAGCGUUAUAGUAGACUAUUGUCUCUAAAUCGCUGGCUGGCCCUAUAUAGCUCAGAGCAGGGCUUUGGUUUCAUAGAUAACUGGCCCUCCCUGUGGGGUCGCCCUGGUGUGCUCAUGAGAGACGGCCUACACCCUACUGGGUUAGGUGCCUCAAUUAUGUCAAAAAACAUAGAUAGAUGUCUUAGUCAGGCGUGACUCAUCCACUCACAGCACGCUGGGCUGCAGGAGUUUAGUAAACCUGCUAGCAACAUGAUAGUCUACGUUGCAGAGUCUAGAACAGAGUCUAGAAUAGCAGAUGGGUUAGCUGAACCAGGAUCUAUUGCACCAAUUGUUUCAGAGCUGAGUGUUAACCGGACUCCCUCUGUAACUAACGCUGUACCUAUAUGUACGGUGGGCCAAAACUGCAUGUCAAACCGCAUGUCAAAUCGCAUGUCAAAUCGCAUGGUAAAUCGCAUGACGCAUGACGCAUCGCAUGAAAUUAACGCUGUACCUAUAUGUACAGUCGUGCAAAAUCGCAUGUUAACUCGCAUGACAGAGCUGAGUGUUAACCACACUCCCUCAGAAAUUAACGCUGUACCUAGUACAGGCGUGCAAAAUCGCAUGGCAAAUCGCAUGAUAAACCGCAUGUCAAAUCAAAUACUAACAACUAACCGGACUCCCCCUGAAAUUAACACUGUACCUAUAUGUACGGUGGCGCGGCCCCGCUCUGUCUCGAGGUGUAAAACCCGCAGGCGAGCGCCGCGACCAGUAUGUCCAACUCUGGCGAUCCCACUGAUCGCCUCAGAGCUGAGUGUUAACCAGACUCCCUCUGAAAAUAACCCUGUACCUAUAUGUACGGUGGUGCGGCCUCGCGCUGUCUCGAGGUGUAAAACCCGCAGACGAGGGCCGCAACCAGUAUGUCGAAACCGCGGUAUCCCCUUGACCGCUUCAGAGCUGAGUGUUAACCAGACUCCCUCUGAAAAUAAUAAAAGGGAAGUACUCAGAAUAGGGUUCAUGAACAUAAGGUCGCUUUCAUCGAAGGCGCUCUUGGUCCAUGAUUUAAUUAUUGAUAAAAAGAUUGACAUACUGGGGCUUUCUGAAACCUGGUUAAAACCAGAUGAGUUUCUAGCCUUAAACGAAGCUACUCCACCCCAUUACGUUAGCACCCAAGUAUCUAGAGAAGUUAAGAAAGGUGGUGGAGUAGCCCUGAUAUCUAAUUCUAAGCUUAAUUUAAAGCCGAAGAAUAGAUAUAUUUUCAGAUCCUUUGAGGUGCUAGCGCUCUGCACCUCAGCUCCUCGAGAAGCAAAACGAGUUCCAGACUCUUUUGUUUUAGCUGUAGUAUACCGUCCUCCAGGACCGUAUUCAGUUUUUCUGGAUGAGUUUUCUGACUUUGCAGCUGAUUUGGCUACAUAUUCAGACAAUAUUUUGCUUAUUGGGGAUUUCAACAUUCACGUGAAUAACCCGUCUGAUGCCCUCGCAAGGGCUUUUCUGUCCAUUACAGAUACGCUUGGCUUCAAACAGCUCGUCCAGCAACCAACCCACAUCGGUGGAAACACGUUGGAUCUCGUUCUGACCCGCGGUGUUGACAUUUCGCAGCUAGUGGUCUCUUCCUACACCUCAGCUUUAUCAGACCACUUUUUGCUCACUUUCCAGGUGGUGGUAUCCUGCCCCUGCGACGAUCAGCAAGCUACUUUCAGCUGUCGCCGCAUCACACCUGCAACCAUUACAGCUAUGGAAGAUAAGUUAUCUGGUUCACUUGCACCUCUCUGUAACUAUAGUGGUUCUGUGGAGUGCCUUACUGAUGACCUCAACAUUGCCUUGUCUGUUGCCAUUGAUUCAGUUGCUCCGUACGUAACUAAAAAACGAACAUUGAAAAAACCAGCUCCUUGGUUUAAUGCAGAAACUCGCAUUUUGAAGCGAAAUUGCAGGAUCCUUGAACGCAAAUGGCGCUCGACUAAACUUGAGGUCUUUCAUCUUGCAUGACAUAAUAGUCUGAUCACCUAUAAGGGUGCGCUGACUAUCGCCAGGAACGCCUACUUUUCUAGUAUCAUUAAUUUGAAUAGAAAUAAUCCUAAAUUUCUUUUUGACACGGUGAGGAGUCUCACUCAGAAACAGAAUCAGACCGUAAGGCUCCUCGAUCUCGGCAGGUGAAUUCAUGGAUUUCUUUGAGAAUAAGAUUCAAUCAAUUAGAGAGGAAAUUGAUGCUUACCGGGCGGCUAAUCCUACACAUCCUGUGGGGCAGGAUGGGGUUCUGCCAAGUAGGAUGGUGAACGCUGACGCAACUCUUUUGGAGUUUAAGGCGAUUUCCUUGGUGGAACUUGAAAGGGUGAUAAAGGCCUCAAAGCCAACAACUUGUAUGUUGGAUCCGCUCCCUUCUAGGGUUCUUAAGGAACUUUUUCCAACGGUGGGGCCUGUUAUCCUCUUGCUUAUGAAUCUUUCGUUUUCAACAGGAAUUGUUCCUUCCAAUUUCAAGGCUGCGGUGUUAAAA